CUUUUCACACACGACGCUCAACGUCUGCUAUCGACUCACUUCACAGUAAUCUAUACCUUUGAUCUUGCCAUGUAUUUCUAGCUUCGUCUUGCAUGUCCCCGAGUAAACCCGCCGAAUCCCCCGUUCCUCCUGCGUCCUGCCCUCGACCAUCAUGAGUGAACCGAGUCCGCAGUCAGAGGCGCAGUCCACCCCAGCUCAAGGCUCGACCGAGACUUCCAAAGAGCAAACUGGCACAAACAAAGCGCCGCCGAACCAGACUCCUGGUCAUCCCAGUUUCAGAAGGCAACGGGCUUCUCGAGCUUGUGAAACAUGUCAUGCACGAAAAGUUCGAUGCGAUGCCGCAUCUCUAGGUGUGCCAUGCACCAAUUGUGUGGCGUUUUCCAUCGAAUGCCGAAUCCCAGUCCCCAAGAGAAAACGUGCUAGUACCGCUGCCAGGCAAAAAGACGAAGAAAGUGAAGCAGGAGAUGUGCAACAACCAGCUACCCCCUCAGAGCCACGUCCUGCUCAACCACCACGCCCAAAGCAACAACUGGGCUACAACUCUGCAGAUGGCAUGCCUUCGACUCAAAUCUCGGACGCUCAGGCCGCCCAGGAGGCCGCCAACAACAGCACCAUGGCCCAGUUUAUGAAGCCCAAGUUUGCUCGAGCACCGAUCAAAGAGGCUGGUCGAGUCGCCUACCUUGGCGAAUCCUCCAAUUUGUCUCUCCUGGUCCAUGACAGGCAUGGAACCACCGACGUGGUGCACUAUCCCUUGCCUGAAAAUAUCCGAGGAGCCCGCGCUCGACUUACCGAACCCGACCAAAUGGAGAUUGAGAUCUUGCAACAGAGAGGCGCUUUCCUGCUUCCUCCUCGCGCCUUGUGCGACGAGCUCGUAGAUGCUUACUUUCGUUGGGUGGCCCCAAUUGUACCUGUCAUCCACCGAAGCCGUUUCAUGAAGAGAUACAAAGACACCAAAAACCCUCCAUCAUUGUUGCUCCUCCAGGCCGUUCUUCUUGCCGGUUCCAGGGUCUGUACCAACCCACAAUUAAUGGACGCCACUGGUUCCACCACUCCUGCGGCUAUGACUUUUUAUAAACGGGCAAAGGCCUUGUAUGAUGCUAAUUACGAGGACGAUCGGAUCACCAUUGUCCAGGCUCUGAUCUUGAUGGGGUGGUACUGGGAGGGCCCUGAAGACGUGACCAAGAAUGUUUUUUAUUGGACUAGAGUGGCAAUCGUCGUUGCUCAAGGCGCUGGAAUGCACAGGAGCGUCGAGAGCUCUCAAUUAAGUAGACAAGACAAGCGCUUAUGGAAAAGGGUAUGGUGGUCUCUCUUCACAAGAGAUCGAUCGGUCGCUGUGGCCCUGGGAAGGCCUGUCUCGAUCAAUACCGAUGACUCGGAUGUCGAAAUGAUCACUGAGGAAGAUUUCAUCGAAGACGAAGGAGAUCCGAACCACGAGUAUCAACACGAGUCGGUACAUGUCCAAUUCUUCCUGCAAUAUGUCAAGUUGUGUGAGAUUAUGGGCCUGGUGCUGUCUCAACAGUAUUCUGUUGCCUCCAAAGCCAGGAGAACCAAUGCCAUCGACUUGACUCACAGUGACAUGGCACUGGCAGACUGGCUUCAAAAUUGCCCACGAGAAGUAUACUGGGAAAGAUCGCGGCACCAUUUCUGGUCCGCACUGUUGCACUCCAAUUACUACACCACUUUAUGUCUCCUUCAUCGAGCCCACAUGCCCCCAGCAACCGCAAAACCACACGAUUACGAGAACGUCGAUAUGGCCUAUCCAUCGAGAACAAUCGCAUUCCAAGCCGCGGGCAUGAUUACUUCUAUAAUGGAGAAUCUUCUUGCGCACGAUCAGGUCAAAUACCAGCCUGCUUUCAUUGUGUAUAGUUUAUUCUCCGCCUUGAUCAUGCAUGUGUAUCAAAUGCGAUCCUCGGUCCCUUCGGUCGUGGCAGCAAGUCAAGAGCGGAUAAACGUCUGCAUGGUUGCGUUAAAAGAGGUUUCCAAGGUUUGGCUUGUGGCGAAGAUGGUCCAUACCUUGUUCGAGUCAAUAUUGGGAAACAAGGUGUUGGAAGAAAGACUUCAAAAGGCGACUGGGCGGAAAGCUCAACGAGCAAAGGCGAAUCAGCCUGCUGGAGGCCAUCUACACUCAAAUGGAAACACCAACGGCAACACGCAAGCAAACUCAGCAACACCCUCAGCACCACCUCCACCUCCAAAUUCUACAAAGCGCAAAUUCGACGACAUUGAUCUCGGUUUCAACGUUGGACCUCCUGCACAGCAAAUGUCAUACGAGAGAUCGCGGCCACAAACACCAGCCGUCACACCGUCACGUGAGCAAACACAGAGUCACGUGAACACGUUCCUCGGCUCCCCACCCCUACACAACGAUCAAUACUUGCCCACCUCACGAUCGCGAGGUGCGUCAAGGAUACCCUCCCGCGGACCAACGCGUGCGAAUUCACCGUUCAAUGGAUAUUCUAUUCCUGCCACUCCACCCGACCUUUUCUUGGUCACCCGUGACUCCCCCAAUAUCUCACAACAACUAUGGGAGAACUUUCAGCCUGAUCAACUCUUUCCUGACGGCACAAUUGGCGAUGUCAGUAGCUUUACGAGUCCAGUGAUCCACAAUGCAGUCGACCCACAGCUACAGAUGCCUCAAAGUCUGGGUGGACAAUCUAUGCCGCAAAUGGACAUGUCGAAUCCCGGUCAACCUCAAGUUUGGCCACCUGGUAUGCAAGGAAUGAUGGGUGCAGGGAUGGAAAUGCAUGACAGCGAUGGGUGGAGCACGAGCAGUAUCGGAAAUGCCCCGAUUGCGCCAACCACUCUCAAUGUAGAGGAUUGGUUUCAAUUUUUUGGUAUCAACGGGGAGAUGGCUUUAUCUUAGCCUUGACGUGCAAUGAAAAAGCAAAACGAGAUAUUGAGCGUUGGAAUAUGUUCCAUUGUCGCUAUCAAAGAAACAAAUACCGUGGCAUGAGAUGUGGAAUCAAAAAAAGCAUAUCAACAAGAAGAACCCAUUUAUGUGGCUGAAGUUUCCCCCACAGUAAACCUGCGCCCAUUUUGAACGCCGCCUCAAUCUCCGUCCGCAUCAGCAGCAAACAUCAGCAUUGUCACCGGCCGCCUUUUUCGAUAACCCGCAUUGUCAGCACCCGAAAUCAGCCUCGUCAUCGGCGCCAUCCCCAUGACCAUCAGCCCAGUCAGCACGCAUCGCCAUUUGCCGGAAGUUAAUUCUAUGUGGAGUCGAUUCUCUGCAGCCCUGGCUUGCUUACUUUUUCUGAUCAGUCGUCUCCGCCGACGAUACCGAAAGCAGAGAUUUGGCAUCGCUGUAUUUAUCGAACGUCAUUGCUGCCUCGGCAGCAGCCUCUUCAUUGGACUGGAAUUUCCACCAGUUCUUGCGGGUGAUUUUGGCCACUCGCACGGCACCAGGGUUGGGGUUCUUGACACUCAGUGUGCGGCCUUGUGCUGUAGCCUCAGCCCGGAUGGCAUCCCGGUGGGCCUUGCUGUAUCCUUCGAGGAAUAGAUUGGUGUAUUGUGCGCCAGACAUGUUGAGGUAUGGAGUGUGUGUGUGUGUGACUGGAAAAGAUGGAGGAUCGCCUAGCGUACGAUGGACCUAAUGAGGGACAGAUGUCGAAUACGCCGGUUUAUGUCUAGGUUCUUGUUGGAAUGGAUAGGCAGGCGCAGAGAGUCUGUGUAGAAUAUUGAGUUGUAGUGCGUAGUUUUUGGGGGUAUAUAUGACCAAUUUUAUAAGACGUUUGUCGGUGGAGGAGGAAUGCCAGGGAUGAAUA